UCCAAAAAGAGAAGCUUCUAUUUUUGGAUUUUUCAUAUCUUCAACAGAUAUAGUCUGGAAACUUAGCGGCAUUUCGCAUUAUCCCCUUGCAGAUCUUGGAAACUAUUGUCAAUUCUCUGUCAAGUUUUGAGCUUUUCCGAGAGAGUUUGAUUUAUUUUUCCUCCGUUGGAGCUACUCCAUCGUCGUUUGUUUUUUCCUUCCAAGUUUCCAAAAUUCUGAGGGUUUCUUAGAAAGAAAGAAAUUACAAUGGGAGGUGCGUCACUGCCACCAGGUUUUCGAUUCCACCCGACUGACGAAGAACUGGUGGGAUAUUACCUGAAAAGAAAAGUGGAGGGGCUGGAAAUUGAGCUUGAAGUUAUCCCCGUCAUUGAUCUUUACAAAUUUGAUCCCUGGGAGUUACCGGAGAAAUCAUUCCUUCCGAAGAGAGAUAUGGAAUGGUUUUUCUUCUGUCCCAGGGAUCGAAAGUAUCCGAAUGGAUCAAGAACAAACAGAGCAACCAAAGCUGGAUACUGGAAAGCCACCGGAAAAGACAGAAAGGUUGUGUGCCACUGUUCUCCUUCCUCUGUCACCGGUUACCGCAAAACUCUGGUUUUCUAUUGUGGAAGAGCCCCUUUAGGAGAUCGAACCAACUGGGUCAUGCACGAGUAUCGCCUUUGUGAUGAUCUUGCCACAGGAUCACCAAGCUUUCAGGGUGCUUUUGCUCUGUGCCGAGUGAUUAAGAAGAAUGAGAAACCAAAUGAUUUGAAGGGAGAACACAAGGGUAAAAAGGCUGGAAGCAGUUCUGUUAAUGGGAAUGACACCUCAAUGAGAAUCUCAAAUGAGCCUUUCAACAUCUCCGGUGACGUUUCGUCACAAACAAGUCAUCUCUACAAUGAGAGUGGUCAUUCAAGCCCUAUUACUUCUCCCUCCGAUGCGGUUCAGACGGCAGAGUUCGAGCAAGCUUCCAUGGAGACCAAUCCUUCAGAUAUUUGGAUUUCUCCAGAUUUUAUUCUUGAUUCUUCAAAGGACUAUCCUGAAGUACAACAUGCAGUGUCGGAAUACUUUCCACAGUAUGACUUAUCAAGCUCAAUGACCCCAUGGCAGCCAAUGGAACACACAGAAAUUUCACCCUCUUCAUCCUACUCAAAUUUGAAUGGGGAGAUUGAAUCUGCUGGUGAUAUUAGUAUGUCAACCUACAUGGAGGCACAGGCAAAUUUCAUGAACUUUUAUGGAAAUGACCCUAUGCCUUAUGGAGGUUUUGAUCAGAUCAAUUCAAUCACGUAUCCGAGACAUUUCUAAGGAGACAAGCAGGUGAUGAAGAUGAGAGUUUGGGAGGAGAAUUUAGGGACGGUUUCGAGUCUGUGAUGCGAGAGUCCAAUCCUAUCUAGUUAAAUUAUGACUUGGUUUUCAUUAGAAGAUAUAUAUCCGAGGCAACGCUUUUUUUAAUGUAUGUCUUGGAGUGACAAAUAAAACGUAAAAGUACACCUAUUACGCACCAACCAGAAUUCGUUUUCUGUUUGAAGUGCUCGAGUAUGUUUGUCAUUUGUGUCACUAUGUAGUGUGGCCCGGUGAUAAUCACUUUUAUCGAUUUCACCCAGAGUUGGUUUACUAUCAAUCUUUUGUAAAAGCCAGCUUCUAUGAUUAAGUAAAGCUUCUGAUAAUAUAUUUGUUGUAUUGUAGCCUCUCUAAAA